AUGGUGAAACUCUAUCACUUGACAAUGAGUCACGACAUAGAAGAAACAGAAAGGCUUAUUACAGCUAAAGAUGAGCACAAAGAUUCAAAAUGUUGUGGCUUCUGGUGUCAACUUUUACUAUCAUUGUUUGGCAUUCUGUUUCUAUUCACAGGAAUUAUCAUGGCUGAUUUGUGGCCACAGAUAUUUAACAACAUAAUGAAAAACAAACUUGAAUUAGAAAACAAUACUCAAACUUAUCAGUAUUGGAAACAAAUUCCAGCACCGUUGUAUAUGAGUAUAUAUUUAUUCAACUGGACAAAUCCAGAAGCUACAUUACAGACAGGAGAUUUACCAAUAUUGCAACAGUUAGGACCAUAUGUUUUCAGAGAAAACCGCACUAAAGUCAACAUUACAUUCAACAAUAAUGAAACAAUAACAUACAUGCAGUUGAAAAGUUGGGAGUUUGAUCAAUCUCUUUCAAAUGGUUCAUUGUCCGAUAACGUUACCACAAUUAAUAUUGUAGUUAAUAUUUUGGGUGAAAAAUUACAAGCCAUUAAUAAACACUGGAUAUUUGUUCUUACCAACUACUAUUUAAAAAUAUCAAACAUUAACAAGCCAUAUGUAACAAAGACAGCUGGUGAAUUAAUUUUUGAUGGUUAUGACGAUCCUCUUUUGGACAUUGCAAUCAAACUCAAAUCUUUUUUUCCCAUUGACUUACCUUUCAAAAAAGUGGGAUGGUUGUAUGGAAUGAAUAUGUCUACUUCUUCAGAUGGCUUAAUCAAUAUGUUUACUGGAGAAAAUAACAUUGAAAAUGUGGGACUAGUUCAUUCAGUCAAUUAUAACACCAAGUUGAAUGUGUUCAAGAAAGAUUGUAGUUAUUCGAAUGCUUCUGCAGGCGAUCUAUGGCCUGAACACACUGCUAUGCAACCUAAUAUGUCGAUUUAUAUCCCUGGUAUUUGCAGUGCAAUUACUAUGCUAAACAACAACUAUACAUAUAUUAAUGAUAUGAAAGGAGUCGAAUUUGUUGCGGGAUCUGAUGUUUUUAACAACACUUGUUAUUGUCCAUCAUCAGGAUGUCCAUUGCCUGGUGUACGGUCGUUAAGUUUAUGUGGAGACAAUGCACUUCCUAUUUAUAUAUCAUUCCCACAUUUUUAUUUAGCUGAUAAAUCAUACAGAAAAUCAGUAGUUGGUAUGAAUCCCAAUCGGACUUUGCACGAAUUCAAAAUGAUUUUGGAAAACGAUUAUUCGAUACCUCUCAAAGUAGAUGCUAGAAUUCAAUUUAAUGUCAAAGUGAAACCAAUCAAGGAGUUAAAAAUUUUGAAAAAUAUGCCAGAAAUCUAUUUACCUGUGUUUUGGUUUUCUGAAAGUUUUGAAAUUCCCCGCAACAUGUCGGAUCAAUUGUUGAUUGUUACAAAUGUAUUACCAAUUUUUAUCCCUUAUGUAUGGCUUAUAUUGGCAUUAACUGGAUGUGUAAUGCUAAUUUAUAGCACUUACUUAUGGGUGAGCAGAAAAAAUGAAUCCUUCACCAUCUUGGAUCCUUUGUAAUAAGGACAUGAGCAUUUUGUCUUGUGAUGAUCUCAAAUUCUUAAAAGAAAUAUAUUUAAGUAAAAACAUCACUUGCAGAGAUAUUACCAUUUUUUAACAUAGCCA